AGGGGAAGAUGGCGGCUGCUCCUUUGGAGGAGAGGGAUUGAGAGGGGAGGAGGGAAGAGGCUAGAUGCGAGAGACCUUCCCGGCGGUGGAGACGAACUCUUCGCUCGCCAUUCAUUAGGAGCUUUGCUCAGCGCCGGAGGUGUCCUAGAACGAAAACUUCAUCAUGGCUACAGAGAUUGGUUCUCCUCCUCGUUUUUUCCAUAUGCCAAGGUUCCAACACCAAGCACCUCGACAACUCUUUUAUAAGCGACCUGAUUUUGCCCAGCAGCAAGCAAUGCAACAGCUUACUUUUGAUGGAAAACGGAUGAGGAAAGCAGUAAACCGAAAAACCAUAGACUAUAAUCCAUCUGUAAUUAAGUAUUUGGAGAAUAGAAUAUGGCAAAGAGACCAGAGAGACAUGCGGGCAGUUCAGCCUGACGCAGGUUAUUAUAAUGAUCUGGUCCCACCUAUAGGGAUGUUGAAUAAUCCUAUGAAUGCAGUAACAACAAAAUUUGUUCGAACAUCAACAAAUAAAGUAAAGUGUCCCGUAUUUGUUGUUAGGUGGACUCCAGAAGGAAGACGUUUGGUCACUGGAGCUUCUAGUGGAGAGUUCACUUUGUGGAAUGGACUCACCUUCAAUUUUGAAACAAUAUUACAGGCUCAUGAUAGCCCAGUGAGGGCCAUGACUUGGUCACAUAAUGACAUGUGGAUGUUGACAGCAGACCAUGGAGGAUAUGUGAAAUAUUGGCAGUCGAACAUGAACAACGUCAAGAUGUUCCAGGCACAUAAGGAGGCGAUUAGAGAGGCCAGUUUCUCACCCACGGAUAAUAAAUUUGCUACAUGCUCUGAUGACGGCACUGUUAGAAUCUGGGACUUUCUUCGUUGCCAUGAGGAAAGAAUUCUCCGAGUAAUCUCUACACCCAGUGUGGGGCUUCAACUCAUGACUCCGAGAUCAAGAGUCACAUGCUCUUCCAGCUGAGACAGCCAGGUGCCCCCAAGUCUCUUAAAGGCCUCUUACAGUCUGCUGUGUAUUUAGGGUUUCGUUUGUUUCUGCUCUGGUUUAUUCUUCAGUAAUAAGCCCACUUAUUUUUUGAGAAUGCUCACACUUGGCUUGAAGCUUUUUGAAAUUUUAAUAAAAUUAGUGGUCUUGGGAAAUAAGUGCCUCCACUGUAAACCUUUGAAAGUAAAGGAGGGGGCUUGUAUACACCAUUUCAUUUAGUACUAAAAUCAUGAUUUAUUUUAAGACAUAAUUUCUUUUUCAUGUCAGUGACCUUUAGAAAUAAAAUAAAUAGAAAUAAAGCAAUUUCCAUUACUUCCCUCCUGGCAUUUUUCCUACUUACAUCAUUUCUCUAUAUCUUAAAAAAUAGUAUGUAUUUAAAUUUUUAAUCAUGUAUUUGAAGCUUAAGAUAAUACAUGGCAGUGGGGGAUUUAGAGGUAAGUGAUUGAGUAAAAGGACUGAAAGACACUUGAGUUAAACCUGGUAUUUUUCCUAUAGGUUUCUUUCUCCCUAGAAAGGAGUUAAUAUUCUUUAAAAAAGAGAAACUGCAGAGAAUCGUCAAACAUCUACUCCAUACAUAUAAAAGUAAGUCUCUGUGUUGGAGACUGCAUUAUCUUAGUCUAGUGGAAUCCAUAGUUAUAGCAAAAGUAUUAUCUGUCUUUCUUAGUUACUUAAAACAUUGUCAAAGUCAUUCAGGCAAUGACGGCCCCCAUUAUCGAUUUUCCAGUUCUGAGAGAGACACGGCAUGAGAUCAAGUCUAAAACUUGGUUUGGAUGUUGGUCAUUGGAACUCAAUGUUCUUUUCUCAGAGGUCAUUUGAAAACUGAAAUUUAGCAAAAUCUUAAGUCUUACUUUGUGGAAGUAGUUUUAAAUCGAGCCAUUUUCUGCUUUCCUGUAUUCUGUUCAUAGUAGGAAGAGCUCUUGCUGGAUAACUGACUGGAAAUAUCUGUCCUCAUGGUGGAAUUUUUCAGGGCAGAGAUUGAAUCAAAAUAAGAGCAUUUGUUGACUGUUCAAAAUGUGUGCCAGGCAUGAUGAUAAGUUAUAUAGCUCUCAUUUAAUUCCUGAAACAACCCAAUAAUUGAGUAUUAACACUUAAAAAUAUUAAGGCUUAGCAAGGGUUAAGUAAAUUACAUAAGGCUGUAACUGGUGACAUCUGAUGUUUGAACAGGUCAGGUUUACUGCAGGUUUUUAAAAAAAUGUUUAUUUAUUUUAAGAGAGGGGGAGAGAGAGAGAGAGAGAGAGAGGGAGGGAGGGAGAGGGAGGUAAUUCUAGGCAGGCUCUGUGCUGUCAGUGCAGAGGUAGGGCUCGAUCCCACGAACUGGGAGAUCAUGACCUGAGCCAAAAUCAAGAGUCGGAUGCUCAACUGACUGAGCCACCCAGGUGCCCCUACUCCAUAUUUUUUACCAGUAACUGCUGUAUAAUGUAUGAGCACUAAACAAUGUACCAAUAUGAAUUAAAGUAUAUUUAAUAUAUCCUUUCUUUGCUUUCAAAUAAUACUGUUUUGGCACUGUACCUGUGCUUCUACUGGACAAAGCUAAUUUCAUCUUUUCUUCCUAUGGAGGGAAGUCUAGUAGACUAUGUGGAAAUGAGAAUUUUUGUGAUUCUGUCUUGAUGCUGCUCAGAGAGGAGGGCAGAAUUAACCAUUGAUCUCUUUUCCCUAAGAAAACAAUUUUGAUUUUUAAUACAGUGUGCAUGGAUGUAUUUUUUGCUCUCUCAGCUUUUCAUUAUUCAUUCAGUAAAAUACAAGAAGAUGGCAGAUUUUAAUCACCUCAAGGAAAUGCUGGUAUUCUUUAUAAUAUAUUAAGUUUAACUUAAAGCGGUUUGGAUUUUCACAUUUCCUACUAAGUAUUUAUUACUUGGUUUCCACAUUUCUAGAAUGGUAAAUAUUUUUUUCUUUCUGAGAUCUGUGGGAGAAAUUAAAAAAAAUUAUUGUAUGUCUUCAUUUCAUGUUUACCUUUAUAAAGAGGCAUUGACUGGGUAGUGAAUUCUAGAUUCAGAGUCUCCCUCCAGCCCCGCACCCCCAACUUUAGCACUGUCAAGAUCUUGUUCCAGUCUUCUUGGAGCUAGUGUUUUGGUAAGAAGUUUUACUCUGUCUUUAAAAACAAAAUUUUUUAAUGUUUAUUUAUUUUGAGAGAGAGGAGGGGCAGAGAGAGAUGAGAGAGAAACUCAAGCAGGUUCUGCACUGUUAGUGCAGAGUGUGAUGCAGGGCUCAAUCCUGUGAACCAUGAGAUCAUGACUUAGGAGAAAAUUUUAUGGUACUUUGUAGAAUGUCCCUCAAUUGGGAUUUAUCUGAUGUUUUUCUCAUGAUUAGUUGUGGUUUUAUGGGAUUUGAGGGGGAACAUCACAGAGGUCAAGUGCCCUUUUCAUUACCUCAGAGCAAGGAUGUACACUAACAACAUGACCUGAUGACCUUGAUCACGAGGUUGAGGCAGUGUUUGUCAGAAUUGUCCAGUGUAAGGCUACUCUUUCUCUGCCUUCCCUGCUGUGCUCUUUGGAAGGCAGAGUCAUGAAGCACAGCCCACAGUUAAGGUGUGGGAAAUUCCAUUUCACGUCCUUGAGGGUGCAGUAACUACAUAAGUUAUUUGGAAUUUUCAUGCACAAGAGAUUCAGCUCUUCUCCCCACUCUUAUUUGUUUAUUCAGUUAUUUAGGUCAUUGUGGACUCAUAUUUAUUUGAUUGUUUAUACUAUGAUGGAAGCUAAGUAAUAUCACCAGCUCCCAGCUGAGGUUUUGUUUUCUUAUUUCUGCUUUGAAACAGAAAGGGAGAUAAUUAAGAGCCAAUUGGAGUGUUGAUGCCAUCUCGGAUUACGUAUUUAUAGAAAAAGUUCUUAGUAAUAAUAGCUUGAAAUUACAGUCUGCUGGGAAUCAUGUGGUAGACACCUGCCUCCAGCAGUUACUUAGGGGUUUGUGUAACCUUGUUAUGAUACAGGUAAAUUUCUUUUAAGUUUGCCAUUGUUACCUUCCUUAGUGGUAGAUGAAAAGGGUUUAUAGGGAGCCAAAAAUGUGCAAAUAUACACAAGUAGAUACUGGCAAAACUCAAGAGAUUCACAGUACAGUUGAUGUUGGGCAUAACUGUGAUUAUCAUGGGGUUAAUUAAUUACUUCUAGUUUGGUCAGGAUUCCUUAUUGCUUUUGUGUAUCUAAACCUCCAACUUUAAAAAACAGUGACCUUAAUCUGGCCAAUUGAGGGUGAUGAAUCAGUUUACUUUUUAAAUCUUUUUUUCAGAAGGAAAGCUUUCCCCAAAAAUGCCUUAAAGUAUAAUUUAAAAUUACUCUUGUUUUCCUUUUGUGAUUCUGCCUUUUCUUCUUUAUUAGGGGUUUCAGGCAUGGCUUCUUUUCACUUUUGGCCAAGGUGUCUUGUCUACUAGUGGUCGUGACUCUGUUGUUAAUGUGGUACACCAUAGGUGCUACUCUUUCUGGGAGUCUUGGUAUUUCCAGGCCUUCCCAUUAUUCUUUCCAAGAUUUUUUUUUUUUUUUUUUUGGUUUUUAUACUUUCUUUUCUAGUUUUUCAAGUGGUGACUAUAUGCUUCUUUUCGUGAUUCUUUAAGACUAUUACAUCAUCUGUAUAUUAAUACUGAAUUAUGAAUGUGUGCAGAAAUGUUUGCUAGAGAACUUCUGAUCUUACACACACACACACACACACACACACACACACACACACACACACACCAAUGCACACUUUCUUAUAAAGGACUUUGUAGCUGGUUUCUGUCAUGUGUAUGGGACACCAGGUAGCUCCCAUCUCAGACUAAUGGCUCCUGUGCUUUGUGAUACUGGUUGUUAAUAUUUGGGACAGUAAAAUAGCAAUGAGAUUGAAAGAAUAUUUGGUUGCAUUCUUUCCCUUUAGGCUUCUUUGAUGAAUAUUGUCCAAAAUAGCCUUGUAAUUUUAUUUUUUUUUGAAUAUUUUAAAAGAAGAAAAACCAACAAAGAGUUUGCAGGUUGGCAGAAAACAUGAUGCAAUGUUCCUGCUUUUUGAACUGAAGAAUAUAGAGUGUUGACACUCAUUCUUUACACUAUCAGGCAGUGUUUUGGGGGGAAAGUGUAGAGUUUCCUGUUGUAUCAAUCAUUUCUUAAUUGUUUUUCUCCCUUACAUAAUCCACAAGAUUUUUCUAAAUACAGUCUUUUAAAUUGACUCAGGGAAGCUGUGCUUUUCCUCUGUUACACCCUUCCCCCACAUUAUUGUGUAAGUUCAGUAGCAGUCUGACAUGUAAGUUUUAGCAAACUUAUACCUGUAUAUGUUUUUAUUGGGCUCAGAAAUCAUUUAUAUGUCAUAUAUUCAUAAAACAUUUCACUUUGAUGCCAGAAGUAGCUACCUGGCAUUAAUCUUAUGACAUGUAUGCUUAAUUUCAGUUUUUAACCUACCUGACAAUUUCUUUUAGGUCAGUCUUUCAUGUAAAUACAUGGUACAGAUAAAUAGAAACCAUUUUACUUGCAUAUGCAAAUUAAAUGUGUGACUUAAGUAGGAGAUUGGCAAAUUUAUGAUGUAUCUUACCCCCUUGUUUCAUUUGAAUUUUUAUGCUUGUAUACUGGAUACUCUUCUGACACCAUACAUUUCAGUUUUUUACAACCUGAUAAACACUUUUGUGUUAACACUCAGCUGUGUCAAAUCCUUCCAUUUUGCCAUGCUUAUUUCUGAAUUUUUUAAAAGAAGAGCACAUUACAGACGUGGUGAAAAUCCCUUUACACGCCCUUCUCCAGUGCCCUUCCCCUCUUCCCUCAGAGGUGUCUGCGGUCCUGAAUUUUAGUUCAUCACUGCACACAAUAUAAUAAGCUAGCAUUUCAUAAUUUCCCACAUUCAUCUUCUGGGAGACUUGCGAGUGGUUUGGGAAAAAAAAAAAAAAACCCAUGGUCAGAUUCUCACCUGCAGAUUUGUAAUUUAUAUUGAAAGCAACUCUCAGACAUGGAAAAAAAAAACUUAAUUUUUAAAAUUCAACAUUGCCUGACUCUUUGACCACAGAACAAAAUCCAAGAUUUUGUGCUCUGUUGUUGCUUGGAACAUACUCCUUGAAAACACUGCCUAGAGGUAUAAUGUUUGCAUGAUUGACUUUCCAUUUAAUUCUAUCAGUUUUUACUAAUGUCACUUUCUAGAUUUAGAUGAUGGAAAUACUAAUAGUAUCACUUUCAGUUGACAUUGACAGUUGGAUUGGCUUUAAAAUCAUUUUGCAAAAAAAGGGAGGUAAAAUGUUAAUAAAUUGCCUAUUUAUUGGCCAGCGUACAAGUUAUUUAUGAUGUUUAAUUUUUUAAUGGAGUUCGCUAAUCUAUUGAAUACUAAAAUGUCUGGCUGUGGACCCUGGCAACAAAUACCCUUUGCUUUAAACUGAUCUGUCACAUUUAUGUUCCUGUGGCUGGAAGUAGAUGGAGUUUGUUGUUAUUGUUUGACACAUUUUCUUGAAUAACAGUUCUUCAACUGUUAAUGUAUGAGAUGGUACUUGAAUUCUUUGUUUGCUUUUUUUCUUCCUGUAUUAGAAAAUCUUGGUGCUUUUUGUAAGUUAUGUGUAAAAGAAAUUUUUCUUAAGAUUUGUUCAUAUACUGGCCUGAUCCAGGAAAAAUAAAAUGGGAAAAUGGACACUAUUUUUGACCUUCAAAUAAAAAUACUGGUUUUCAGACUGUUCACCGAGCCUUGGGGUCAUAUGCAUUGUCUUAAGGCAGGACUAUUUACCUGUGUGGGAUGACAGAUGCCUUAGGAUCUGGUGAGGCUGUGGAGGAGAGAUGAGGUUCUUGAAUACACAGAGGCACACAGUUUACAUACAAUAUCACAGAAGCCAGGGAACCUCCUCUUCUAAAGGAAGAGUCUACAAACAGACCUCAUUCCCCUACUGGCUUCUGUCACUGAACUACAUGUUAUGGUUCUGAGAUAGGAAAUAAACAGAAAAGCCUCCACUUUCUACAAAAGUGCAUCUGGGACUGUUCAUCAAAUAUCUAAUGACUAAACCAUCUGUCCUGUUAUUCUUAGAGUUUUAGGUUUUAUUAAGAAGUCUCUGCAUUUUAUUUCUAGGAUCUGUCCUAAGAAAAACACAUCAAGUUAGGAAAAAUUGUUUUGCAUUCUGCAUCUUGCUAUUUUAGGCAAGUUAUGUAACUUUUUUUUUAAAAGAGAUUUUUCUGUUUUCAUUUGUGGAGAAAAGUCUCUUAAGAACCAUUAGUUUUUGUUAGCUUGAUUUCAGUCUUUAUUCGGCAAACAUUUUAUUCUAAGUAUUAACUUUGUUGAAAGUUAUUGUACCUGAAUUAUAUGAUUCUACAAAUAUUUCCCCAGUGUUCAGUCCUCAUUUUGUUUGGUGAUCACAUACAUAUUUUAGAGAUUGAGCAUCCAAAGUAGGAGCCCAAUAAAUGUUGCUAUUGUGCACACUUAUUUUGAAUUAAUGAACAAGGGAAAGCACACAAAUGAGCGUGUGAAGGAAUGAUCACGUAUAAUAAGUAAAAUUGUUGUUUUCUUCCUAUUUGGCAUAAAUUCUAGUGUACAACUUACGGCUAUUUUUUGCAAAUAAUUAUUUUGAAGAAGUAAGUUAAACAAGUGUGGUGUGUCAGACUCCAGUUCAUCCACAAAGCAGUACCACCUAGCUCCUAAAAGAUGCUAAUUCUGUCACUGUUCAUUUAGCUAGGACCGGAAGAGAGUGUUAGCUAGCUAAGAAAUGAUGCAGAAUUCGUUCCCCGCAAAGCUUAAUCUCUAAAGGUAACCUAGUAUUGUUAAGUUAGUUUAUAAUUUCUUUGGGUGGAGUUAGGUCAUGGUUGCCAUGUUCCUUUCUUUUUCUUUUCUUUCCCCUGUCCCCCACAUCCCUUUAUUCUUAAUAAGACUCCCUGGUCUCCAGAAUCCAUCUGAUUACUUCUCAGGUAGUUAAAAGAAGCAAUUCUCAUUUAUGUAUUUAUUUUUAAAUUUUACCCUUCGAUUCUGUUCUUCUGUCAUUCUGAGACAUGGAAAGGUGUACAGAAGUUGGUCUACUGCAGUCUCCUCAGUUACAUGUGACUGAUGGUGAAACAAGAGGAACCUUUUUGACCCUUGUCCAAUGCAGGGGUUAGGGACCUGGAUACCUCCGCUGCAAACUCCAUGUGUAACUUUUGAUUCCCUUAAAAUAAUUUAGCUGCUCAUAACCUACUGUCGAUGGGAAAGCCUUACUGAUAACAUAAACAGUUGAUAAAUACAUAUUUUAUACGUCAUAUGUAUUAUAUGUUGUAUUCUUAGAAUAAAGUAAGCUAGAGGGAAAAAAUGUUACCAAGAAAAUCAUAAGGAAUAGAAAAUACAUUUACAGUACAGUGCUGUAUUUAUCAAAAAAACAUGUGCAUGUAAGUAGACCUGUGCAGUUCAAUCCCCUGUUAAAGGGUCAGCUGUAUUUUGCCACUUCAUUUGGAUGUUCUAUAUAGUAAGGUGAAGGGAAGAUAGGGAUGGUAAGGAAAUCCAGGCCACCUCUGGACACUGCCUUACCCCUUUUAGGCCUCAGCUUUAUCUUAAUGUAACAAUUUCAGCACUGGAUAACUUUGCAGGUCUUCCCUGGCUCUAGUAUCAAUUGAAGAUACUUCUUUUGUUGUUCAUUAUGUAACAGUGAAUAAAAAUGAUACCAUUAUGGGAACUUAAGGAGGAACUUUCUUUAAAAUGGCUAAUUACAGUCUAAACUUGUGUUGUCCAAUAGGAAUUUUUGUGAUGAUGGAACUAUUCCAUGUCUGUAUUGUCCAGUAUGCUAGCCAAUAGUUCCAUGUGGCUGUCAAGCACUUGAAAAGUCACUAGUGUGACUGAAGAACCUACAUUUUUACUUUGAUUAACACAAAUUUAAGUAGCCGUGUGGCUGAUAAGUUUUACUGUAUUGGACAGUGCAGGUUAAAUUCUUAAGUAUCUGUAAGUAUUUAAGGGAUUCCACACAUAGAUUUAUUAUGACAGUCUUGUUCUUUAUGUAAUGAUUUGCAACUGGAAUCUCUUAGUUUUAGAAUUAGCAAUUGCAGCUCCAACUUUGAAUAUUAAUCUUUCUUCCAGCAUAUCCUCCCUUUCUAAUUGCAGUCAAGUGUGGGUAGAGGUACUGUGACCUUUCCCAGGGAUCCUGGAAUCUUUGCUUGGUAACCAUGCACCUAUAUUGCUGGCUCUUUAAAGCUCUUCUCCUAUGGAAGACUGUAUGUGUUUACCACAGUCUACCUGUAGACCCCUGUCAGAUCCCUGCAAGGCUACACCUUGCCCUGUGUUAGGCUUUGUAGUACCUGGAGCGGGUUUGAUGUUGAAUUUUAUCUUCAUAUUUUCAGGCUUGAUUCUGAAAAGUUACAAUUAAGGGCCACUUUAAAAAUUGCUUGGUGUUCCAUUGGCAAGAAGUUUUUAGUCCUAGAGCUUGAGCCAUUAGCAAGAUGUUAGUUCUAAAAUAUCUCGGUCACUGGUUUGUAAAAACAGUUAUCACUUGAAUAAAUUUUCAAUUCCAUCUGUGUUAAUUGCUUCAGCAUUGCAAAUACUAAUUACGUUCGUGAAGUUUCCAUAUUUGGGGAUCACAAAGAAUUUUGAAUGGUUCUAUCCUGAAAUUCUGGACCUUUCAAAUGAUAAAAAUUAGUAUAGAGACAUUCUUUUGGGUUAAUGGUUACAGUUGAUAAGCUGUGUGUUUGGGCUUCAAUCAUUUUUCUGUGAGAGAAUAAUUUAUAUAAAAUUAAGCUUCUAUAUAUAGCACCCAGCUCACAAAACCUGAAAUAUACAACUUCAUUCAUUCAUACUGAGUCUGAGAGCUAUCCGAAAAAGUGCAUCCCCACUGAGGUUCUGAAGCACAUCUUCCUGGGACUGCAAGCACUGGUUAGUUCUGUAUUGAGUGACAAAGGCACUAAUUAGUAUCAGUCAUUUCUUAAGAUUUGAAUAGAAGGAGACCAAAGGCAGUUGCCAUUAAGUAAAGUAAUAAAAGAACAUGUUAAAAACUUCAGGCAGUACAAGAGUAAAUGCCUACUUAUUCCCAUAGCAUUUCUUUUCCCUAAAAAACUAUUAUCAGCUACGUUUUCUUUUGUACAAAUUGGAUGAAAUUACACUUUGCUUUUCUGCUUAUAUUUUUUUAAAAGUCAGGCUUAUUGAGGUCUAAAUUACACAUGGUAACAUUCACCCUUGCUAGGUAUUCAGUUCUAUGAAUUUUGACAUAUACCAUAAUGAAGAUAUGUAACAUUUCAGUCCCUUCAAAAUGUUCCUUUCCUUUGCUUCAUUGUAACCACCACCAUAAUCAAGAUAUAGAACAUUUCCUUCACCCCCAAAACGUUCCCUCAUCUUGCCUCAGUUUAACAGCUGUACUGUUUUCAGUUACAUGGAUUUACCUUAAUUUUCCUAAGUAACCCCUCAUUGAUGGAUGUUUGGGUUGUUUCCAGUCUUGGGAAUCAAACAAGGAACAAUAAAUAUGUUUGUAAAAUUUUGGUGUGAUUUUACAACUACAGACACAGGUAAAUUUCUAGGAGAAUUAAGGCUAUAACAUUUUUUUAAAUUUAAUUUUUUAUUUUUUUAAAUUUACAUCCAAAUUAGCAUAUAGUGCAACAAUGAUUUCAGAAGUAGAUUCCUUAGUGCCCCUUACCCAUUUAGCCCAUCCCCCCUCCCACAACCCCUCCCGUAACCCUCAGUUUGUUCUCCAUAUUUAUGAGUCUCUUCUGUUUUGUCCCCCUCCCUGUUUUUAUAUUAUUUUUGUUUCCCUUCCCUUAUGUUCAUCUGUUUUGUCUCUUAAAGUCCUCAUAUGAGUGAAGUCAUACGAUUUUUGUCUUUUUCUGACUAAUUUCACUUAGCAUAAUACUUUCUAGUUCCAAGCAUGUAGUUACAAAUGGCAAGAUUUCAUUCUUUUUGAUUGCCAAGUAAUAUUCCACUGUAUAUAUGUACCACAUUUUCUUUAUCCAUUCAUCAAUCAAUGGACAUUUGGGCUCUUUGCAUGCUUUGGCUAUUGUUGAUAGUGCUGCUAUAAAUAUUGGGGUGCAUGUGUCCCUUUAAAACAGCACACCUGUAUCCCUUGGAUAAAUGCCUAGUAGUGCAAUUGCUGGGCCAUAGGGUAAUUCUAUUUUUAGUUUUUUGAAACAGUUCCAUACUGUUUUCCAGAGUGGCUGCACCAGCUUGCAUUCCCAAGCCUGUAACAUUUUGAUAGAUUUGACCAAAUGGCCUCUCCCAAAAUUGUACCAGUUUACUUUCUGACCAGUAAUGGAUGACAGUGCCUAUUCUCUUAUUGCUGGGGUCACCAAAUUUAAUUUUUGUUACUCUGAUAGAAAAAUACUGCCUAGCAAAGUAACUUGCAUUCAGUGGUGGUUUUUUUUCCUCAUUUUAAAAACAUCAGAAAGUUACCCACACACAAAAAUCUAACCUAUGUGAUUUAUGGUUAAAACCACACUGUAACAUUAGAGGAAAUAUGAACACUUCACCUUUGUUUCUGUGAUCUCAAUAUAGUUUUCAUUUGCUGCUUAUUCAUAUUUCUGUACUUACACAUGAACAUUUUCAUAAUCACCCCUGUGGUAUAUGCACCAUUUAUACAUAUGUUAUUUUGCUUGCUAAUUUAAAAUUCACUUUAUUUCACGAGCAUUUUCCUUUGUUCCUAGAAUCCUUAUUUUAAUAGUUGUAUGUUCUUUUUUUUGGCCAUGACACAGUUCGCUUAAUUAUCCCACCUCUAAAAUUUGUUCACACAUUUUCACUACUUUCAACAAGGUUUCAAAUGCCAUCUCUUAAAUAUAAAAGUUAAAAAAAACCUUUAGAUUAUUUUCUUAGGAUAAAUUUCUAUUAGUCUCCUUGUUCUGGAUCUAAUUGUGUCAACACUGACAUGAGAGGGUACAAUUUUAUCAUUUGAAAGCAUUUUUGUCACUUCAUUGGAAAUUCAGUAACAUUUUUUUACUGAAGAAGGAAGCGGUUGCAGAUCAGUGUGCUUCUGCGCCAGGGUUAAGCUAUUUAUUUUUCCUCCUUUGCAUUUGAAAAAAUUGUAACAAUGAUACGUGCUACUUGCAACCAUUUCGUAUCCACUUUCCAGAGGUAAUCAGUCUACUGCUAUUUAGUAAAUUAAAAAUUUUAGUUGAUUUUUUUCUCAAUAGAUGAUUCAUGUGUUUCAGUAUUUAAAAAGUACCAAACAAUAUACAGUGAAGUCUCCUUACUCAGUUCCCUCUCUUGGAGGCAAUUAAUGUGAUGAGAUUCUUGUGUUUUCUUUCAGACACAUUUUGUACAUUUUUGAGCAAAUGUUUGUGUGCGCUCUGUGUGUGUGUCUUUUUAAGCUACAAAUGUUAUUAGCAUGGUGCACAUAUUAUUUUGUACAUAUUUUCUUAGGUAACUUUUAUUUGUGUUUAAUAAAAAAAAUAGAUGACAUGUGCAUAUAGUUAAAAAUAAAAUAAUGUAAAGACUUGGA